AUGGGGUGUAAAGAAUCGGUAAAUUCUAAAUAUGUUAUAGCACCAAAGUCGGCUACACUUCAAAAUUUUAACGAUAUUCAGCAUAAAUCAAUAUUAUCCAAUGACGAUCACAAUCAUCAUGGUGAUAAUAAGAAAGACUCCGUUAUUUCCAAUAAGUCUAAUCGCCAACAAAGUAAUAGUAAAAAUAUUCGACAAAAUCGAAAACACCGUUGCUCUACAAUUGCCUCACUUACUCAAAGUAUCACGUUAGAAACCGGUGCGCCUCAGAUUGACAUUCGACCAUCAGAUUUAUAUGCGUUCAAUGAUAAAUUUGUAAAACAACGUCAAGCUGCUAUUGAUAACAUUGUUUAUCGUACUACAAUUGAUUCAUGGCCAGAAGGAGUGUUUCGAACACGGAAAGGUGUAUGUGCGGGUUAUGGUAAUAUUUUUAAACGUCUUUGUGAUAAUAUUGGAUUAGAAUGUGUCAAAAUAGGUGGUUAUGCCAAAGGUUAUGGAUUUGAUCCAAAAGCAACUCUUCUAACUGAAACCGAUCAUGCAUGGAACUCCGUUCAGAUUGAUAAUCAUUGGUAUCUAAUUGAAUCAACUUGGGGUGCAGGUUCUUUAGACGAUAAUAGAAAAUUUAACAAAAAGUUAAAUACUUAUUAUUUUUUAUCACGUCCAGAAGAGUUUAUUUAUAAUCACCUACCGGAAGAAGAAAAAUGGCAGCUGUUAGCAUCUCCGAUCACUAUGAAACAGUAUAUGACAUUGCCUGCCGUUUGGCCACAAUAUUUUAAGUUUAAACUAGAAAUUGUGCAUCCAAAAUCUAACAUUGUACAACUUUUAAAUAAUGAAUCAUAUACCACUAUUCAAAUUCGAGCACCAGUGAAUGUAGAAUUAAUCGGCAGUUUGAAAUUAGGUAAUGAAAAAAUUAAAGGAGGAGCUUAUGUGCGAUUUGAUUCUGAGCAGCACCUAUGGUUCUGUUAUUUCGCUCCUCCGUCUACAGGAUUCUAUGAAAUCAUGAUCUAUGCUAAAGAGAAGAGUAAUUCAGGUUUUUACCCAAGCGCAAUUCAGUUUAAUCUUGAAGUGAUUAAUCUUACUAAUCCAAUUAGUUUCCCUAAAAUAUCUGAGAAGUUUGAUGAACUGAAGUUGGCAGUAAUACAACCAACGUAUCAGCACACCCUUAAACUGGAGAAUGGUGCUACUCAUACCAAAAUUCUAUUGUUCUCACUAUUGGAUAUCUUACUAAUAGCUAAUUUAACGAAUUCUGUGGGCGAAGAAGUUGUUGGUGGACAUGAAAUAUUUUUUGAUAAAGAGAAACACAUAUGGCAGUGUUUAUUCGCACCACAAACGAAUGGUUUUCAUGAGAUAUCGAUUUAUGGCAAAAAGCAAGGUGAUAUUGGCGCUUAUUCAUCUGUCAUUACAUAUGGUCUUGAAGUUUUUGACUUAACUGAGCCGAUUAGCUUUCCUGAAACAUUCAAACCGUAUUAUGAUCUUGGACUAGAAGUUGUUCAGCCUAAAUUUCAACAUACUCUUCGAUUGAAAGAUAAUACAUCGCAUAUUCAAAUUCUUAUUCAAGCACCACUCGAAAUCGAUUUAAUAGCCGAUUUAACUAACUGUGAAGGUGAAAAAGUAAGUGGGGGAUACAAAGUUUAUUUUGAUAAGCGGUCAUCAUUAUGGCGAUGUUUGUUCGCUCCACAAGAAUCCGGUCUACAUAAAAUUAAUAUCUAUGCCAAGAAGAAAUCUAUGCAAGGCAACAAAUAUGCUCAAGCUAUCAAAUUUAACUUUGAUGUUAAACAAGCGCCCACUCAUCCUACGUCAUAUCCGAAGACAACGUCCUACUUUUAUCAUUAUGAUCUGCACAUAAUAGCACCUAAUAAUAGUCGAUUCUCUGUCUGGCCUCAAAAUGCUUCGUAUACUGAAAUUCUUUUGCGUGCCCCUAUGAACAUUCAAUUGUCGGGUGAUAUCAAAUACAAUAAUCGAAAAAUUGAAAAUGGAAGCCUUUUGCAAUAUGAUUGUGACAAAGAUUUGUGGCAAUGUUUGUUUGCACCUCAAAACAUAGGACUCCACAAAAUUACAAUAUAUGCAAAAUGGAUUGCGGAAUCUGAUGUACUACAUUCAGUAGUCGAGUUUGAUAUGGAUGUUACGCAUUUAAAACGUUCAACAACGUUUCCACAAACGUACAGUCACUUUUACCAGACAAAAUGUAAAAUAUAUGAACCGCUUGAAGAUAAUUUGAAGCGAGGUUCUACUGUCACACUUCAUUAUCGGAUACCAGAUGCUGACAAAGUUCGAAUUAAAUCAGGAUCAGAAUGGCUAACAGAAGGCGGCUAUGAGAAAAAUAUUUUUAAACGACAAAUAGUAGUUUCAAACGAAAAUAUAACCAUCAUGGCCAGCUAUAAGGACGAUAACAGCUUUCACUCACUCAUCGUCUACACAAUGAAGUAA